GGUGUAAAUGUAAAUGUAUGUCAAUGUAUGUCAGUCAUCAAACAUUAAUGUGGGUUCAAUUUGACACAAAAGAAGGGAGAACCAAUAGUAUUUUCUUUUUAAAUCAGCCAAGGAAGAGAAUUUGGGAUAUGCACCCCUUUGUAUUUAAUCUGUGUGUUGUAAGUUCCAGAUGCAGGAUGGAUUAUGGAUCAGAGAUUAACCUGGAGUAUGUCGAGCUAGGGGGUAUAGUUGGAGUAUUCGUUAAACUAGACGCAGCUCUUAUAGACGAGCAUUCUUUAGAAAAUUUACUCCACUCUACUCAACAUCAGAUCCGUCUGAUUGUCCGUGCCUGCAGGGAGGGUAGUACCCUGCAUAGAGAAGCGUAUACUAAAGCAAAUGAAAGGAGCAGGAAGAACAAGCUCUGCCACUGUAGAUAUUGUGAUGACGUUUUCUAUUGCAGAGCUGAUCUUGCUAAUCAUCAGAACCGUAUACAUCCAACCCUGCCAAUCAGAUCUGGGAAGAGAGCUAGGAAACCUUGUCCAACCUGCGGCAGAAUGGUUCUGAACCUUGCACUUCAUAUCAGGACUAAGCACACAACAGAUCCAGUCAACUAUACCUCGGGCAUUGCUCAGUGCAGACAAUGUGAUGAAACCUAUUCCGUGAACACUGAUCAUGCUUCUGUGUGCAGACUAUCCCCGACAUGUCCUGAUUGCAAGAAAACGUUCUCUCAAUGGAGGGUGAUGAAUAAACACAGAAAGAUUGUUCAUCAGGGUGAAAAAAUUUCAUGUCAAACCUGCAACAAAACCUACCAUGACACCCAGAGCUUGAAGAAGCACAUGGAGGCGGUCCAUCUCAAGAUUAAGAGGGUGUGUCCACUAUGUGCGGCAACUGUUACAACCCUUGCAGGGCAUAUGAAUGCUGUACAUGCAGAUAAUCGGAAUUUUCCGUGUGUAAGCUGUGAUAAGAAGUUUAAAAGUAACUAUGACCUGGCGAGACACCGAGACAGUGUACAUCUAGGACAGAAGCCAGCCUGUCCUAUCUGCGGCAAACAUCUAGCAAACCUAAACCAGCAUAUCAGGGUUGUACAUAAGUAAGUACAGUACACAAACAUUUAA